AUGGCAGCGAAUGCAGCAACUGUGCAUAGUGUCCGCUCAAACAGGGUCGCGAAUAUUAGCUCGUCUUCUACAAUGAACAGUGAUCGAACACUCACAGCUCACUCCACGACAAUGGGAAACGGGUUCGGCAGUGGCAAGGCCAGCUGGAACAGUAAUAUAUGGGGGAACAAUAAUCUGGGGAACACGUUCAACACGGAUGGUGCAUCUGAUAACCUGAGAGACAACGCCUUCGAAGGGAAAUCCGGAUCGGGUUCUCUGCUAUCAUCGUCAGAAUCCGAUGGAUGGACCGGCCGUCCUAACCUGCCUUGGAGUACCGUCAGCCCGACCACAUCGUUGUCCAUGGGUCAGAACAAGGGCAUAGCAACAUCUCCGGUCGAGAGUCGCAGCGGUGAUCGAAGUGCAGCCGCUAGGUCGGACACCGACGCGACGUCCUACUUCUCACUGCCCCGAGCUUCCGCCAUUGGUCACACACCAACCGGUUCAGUUACCAAGACAUACCUAACUUCCGCGUCAGAGCCGUUUCCCUCCUCAGCGGCAGAGGCAAUUUCCUUUGGUAGCUUCGGCAGCUUUAGAAACGAGGAUGUAGGCCAUCGGCAGGUGAAUUCGUCGGCCUUCGCUGGCAACGCCGUUACAUCGGCAUUUCAAUCCAAACCCAGCCUUGUCACGGCUAGCCGAGAGCCUCAACGACCCGAGGAUGUUAUCGGGACAAUGAGCAUGCCGUCGUUCUCUCAGGCUGCUUCUGAGUCGAUCUCGGGCGGGAGCCGACAAGCGAUAUCAACUCCUUACUCGCACCUGUCACACAAUUCCGUGUCAUUGACCUCUCAGAGGCCUGCGCACUCCUCCCAUCCUUCCUUUCAUUCGGAAGGCCAGGCACUUGAGAAUCGCUUUAGCAACGGCCAGCUGGAUAUCAACACGGGACUCAGCCGACUGCAGCUGAACGACACCCAAUCCUUUUCCGCCCAGCAGAAUCCACAGAGACCUGGUUACGUGUCCCAUGCAUCGUAUGAUGCAUCUUUUAAUCGGUUCAAAUACCAGGUCCCGGGAGAUGAGGGUAAUUAUCCCCCAGUAGCGUCGUACACCCCCGACGCUCCCGUUGAUCUCCCCUUUGGUUAUCAGUCAAUUUCGAGAAUGAGCGAGAGGGAGUCAACACCGCCAGGAGACUUCAGUCGAGGAAUGAACAACCCUUUCUACUCGGCAGCAGGCACUCCUCCGGUUGCGGCCACUCAACUCCGGCCGUCUUCGGGCAAUCGCUUGUCUUCCCAUAUGAGCGAUGGACAGGCCGCUCUUCUGGAUCGGAAGCUGCGUGGUUUGCAGGAACAGGACUUUACCCAGACCGCAGCGAAUCCAUUGCAGUCGCGUCUGCCUUUCCCUGCUGCGUAUGAUCUCGCCGGCUACUCCGCUGCCAGGCUGAAUCCCUUCGCCGGUUUCUAUCCUAUGGCGCAGUUUGGUGGUCUUGGUGGGGCGGCUGCCAUGGUUCAGCGGGGACCCCAUCGCGAUCAUGACCCUAGUCAGGUGGUCCGCAGCCCGCUUCUCGAAGAAUUCCGAAGCAACACCAAGGGCAACAAGAAAUAUGAGUUGAAGGAUAUCUACAAUCACAUUGUCGAGUUCAGUGGCGAUCAGCAUGGUUCCCGUUUUAUCCAGCAAAAGUUGGAGACCGCCAACAGCGAUGAGAAAGAGCAGGUCUUCCGUGAAAUUCAGCCCAAUUCUCUGCAGCUGAUGACGGACGUGUUCGGCAACUAUGUCGUCCAGAAACUCUUUGAGCAUGGCAACCAGACGCAGAAGAAGAUCCUGGCAAAUCAGAUGAAAGGGCACAUUCUUGCCCUCUCGACUCAGAUGUACGGGUGCCGGGUUGUUCAAAAGGCACUCGAGCACAUCUUGACCGAUCAACAAGCUGCCAUGGUCAAGGAGCUCGAGAACCACGUCCUCAAGUGUGUGCGCGACCAAAACGGGAACCAUGUGAUUCAAAAGGCCAUUGAGCGGGUUCCUUCCCAGCAUGUCCAGUUCAUCAUCAACGCGUUCAAAGGGCAGGUCAGUCGGCUUGCGGCCCAUCCUUAUGGCUGCCGUGUCAUUCAGAGAAUGUUGGAGCAUUGUGAACAAGCCGAUCGAGAAUCAAUUCUGGCCGAGCUCCACGCCUGUACCGCCAGCCUUAUUCCAGAUCAAUUUGGCAAUUACGUGAUCCAGCACGUCAUUGAAAAUGGCGAGGAGAAAGAUCGUUCCCGCAUGAUCUCCGUCGUCAUCUCUCAGGUUCUUGUCUUUUCCAAGCACAAGUUCGCCAGCAAUGUCGUGGAAAAGAGCAUUGAAUUUGGCGAGGAAAACCAGCGUCAGGAGAUCAUUCGGCUUCUGACCUCCCCUAACGAGCGGGGCGAGAGUCCACUUCUCGGACUGAUGCGCGACCAAUACGGCAACUAUGUUAUCCAGAAGGUCCUCGGUCAGGUCAAAGGCGCCCAGCGCGAGGCUCUGAUUGAACAGAUCAAGCCCUUGCUGAGCCAGCUGAAGAAAUUCAGUUAUGGGAAACAGAUCGUGGCCAUUGAAAAGCUUAUUGCCGAGCCGACUUCCCCUGCCUCGAAUGCUAACUCCUCGACGACGCCGCCGGCUUCUCACAAAUCCUCGCCGCAACCUUCUCGUCGGUCGCUGACAGACAUUGAUGGCUGUCCUCCACCAGUAGGCGGCGCAGCCCCGCCCACACCUCCCCCCACAGACACCCAAAGCUGCCAUGGGGGUUCUGCGACCGAUGGUUCGGUUGAUGGGCCUGCGGAGUCCUGCAAAGGCCUGGCGACCAGCUCUGUCGCUGCCAUCUCCGAUGCGACUGGCACCUCCCACGCCGGCUCGACCGUGCCAGUCGGUAUUAAUAUCUCUUCUGAGUCCAAAGCUUAG